AUGAGAGAAUAUCACUAUCUACUACUAAGAUGCUCAAUAUAGAUUCUAAUUCAAUUAGUCUGGUUAAAUACUCAUUUUAAGUAUUACGUCUAUGAUAGUUUAACUAAACAUGACUUCCAUUAGCUAUAAAUCAGAGUUGGAAUCGGCUUUUUUGCUCUGACAUGCUAGAUUAUCGCUUUAAGAGCAUUACCUUUAGUAUUAGUGUCACUUGUUAUGAAUACCAUGCCACUUUUUACAGCAGUAUUUGGAUACUUUAUGUUAAGUGAAAGACUUAAGAUUUUAGAGAAGGUGUGUUUAGUUUUAUCCUUCGUAGGUGUAGCAAUUAUGAUAACAGGAAAAGACAGCUCCUCAAUAGAAAAUAAGCAAGGAUAUUCAACUAUUGCUAUCAUAGCCUUAUGCCUUAAUCCUGUAUUAUCCUCACUUGUGACAAUAACUCUUAGAACUUUGAGAAAUAUAAGCGUUCACACUCAGGCGUUCUAUCAUGCUUUUGUUUUAAGUACUGUAAUGGGUAUAGUUGUUUUAAUAACUUAGGAUUACAUGUCAUUUCUCUAUCAAUUUUCAUAUUAUGACUAUUUCCUACUUAUUAGUGCAGCAUUUUUUGCAUUAAUUCAUUAGCUAUUAAAGCAGAUGGCAGUCUAAUACAAUACAGCUUCAAGAGUAACUAUCUAUAAUUAUCUCCAAUCUUUGGUUUAAUUGAUAUUUGAUAUCUUAAUUUUUGACUAUAAUUUCUAACUUCAAGAGCUGCUCGGAAUAUUGCUGGUAUUCUUGGUAAAUUUAUUCUUGAUAUUUAAGAUAAUAAGCAAAAAAGAAGAAAAAUGA